ACACACACACACACACACACCCUUGUGCUCAGGACAUCAAAACCAAAGAGAUUUCCCUGGGGAAACAAAUCCUGCCUGGAGAAAUUUCCCCAUUGGUUGUUUAUCGGCAGAAAUCUACAUGUUUCUGGGGAUGGUGCAUCUAUAAUCAGUCUGUCCCUAUAGGACUUGGGUCUUGGCGACCUUUUUGUGACCUCUCCCGCCAGAGGAGGCUGCUGUCACUUUAAAAAUUUACUGAAAGAGGAGCCCGUCGUCUGGCUUCCGACCACUCUGGAGAUAGCUCCCUUUCUCCCUCGCCCCGGUUUCUUUCUGGAUGGCCGAGCAGAUCCCCUUUAAAGAGACAGUUCAUGAAAUAGAAACCCUGCGGCUGGGCGCGGAGUGGCUAAAGGGGACGAGCCGGUGAGGGUCUGGCCCCGAGAAGGCUCUGGGAGGACCUGGGGGGCCGUCCUGGCCUGGCAGGCCCCCUACCUUCGCACACUUUCCUCCUGCGGGUCUUGCCCCUGGAGCUGCGACAGAGGAGUGGGAGAAGUUUUAGUAGGUUUCAGAUAACUUUCAUUACACAUCGGGCUGAUAAGAGCAAGAGAAAGUGAGGAAAGAGGGAGGUAGUGAGACCAGAAGGAAUAGCUGCGAGCUCAUUUAGGAAGAGGGGAAAAACCCAAAUACACCAAACCCGGCUCAAUUCUGGUCUUAAAACACUGUUGGCGGACAAUAAAUCCGAAACGCGUGGUCCUGGCGAUCAGCUCCCAGGGAACGACAAACUUAUCAGACACCCAUUUGGAAGUGGAGACACGAGGCUUUUAUUUUAAAAAAAAAUUUUUUUUUCUUUUAAAAUAUCUCGAAAUGUUAGCGGGUGUUCUUUGAAAAGAUUUUCCAACUCGAGUACCUGGCUGCUGCUGAUCUUAUUUUUGUUUAAUUCUGCUGUGAUUGCUUUUGAUUGCUGAGUUGAGGCCGUAGAAAUCGGAAGGUAAGCGAACUCACUUUAAAAAGUCUUGGCUGUGGGCAGGGUGUCGCUGGGGACAGCGUCUGCGUCCCGGGUUUGCGCUGAGGUCCCCGUGCCCCCGGAGCGUCCCUGGUCGCUGGGACUCCGCCGCCUCGGGUGGGUCAGCCCGGCUGGCUGCCGCCUUCUCGGCUCUCGCGUCCUCCUUCCCCUCCCUCCUACGUUCAGUCGGUCAGGUUCGGGGACGCAGAAGGUGGGGUUGCCAAAAGUCAGAAUUCCUGGCACCAGCCAAGCGACUUUGGAAGUGGCUUUCGGUGGAGUCUCACCUUGCCAAGUAACAGCUUCACUGGCCAACUGCGUGUGUUGCCUUGAGAAAGUCACAUUCGGACUUUUGGCUUACAGUCUGGGAUUUUCCCCCCUUUUCGUUUGGGUAUUUAUUCUAUUUUUUUUUUUUUUUGAAAGGGCCUUUUUCUCAAGUCCACCUAAAGAAAUUAUUAUUGUUGUUAUUUUGAAGCUUAACAGCUUUUGAAAAGGCAGGACUGUGUUAGCCGGAGAAGGGAGAAGAUGCGCUGUUUAUCUUACUCAGAUUUGAGGUGACUGAGACAUUUGGACACACAUGAAGUCGUGGUAGCAAAUAACUUGGACAACUUGCCCGGAGUGGAGACAGUCAGGCAGCCUUGGGGCAGGAAUAUUGAGAGCAAGGAAUCAGUAUGGUGGUGAAACCUUUGAAUAAUCGUGUAACAUUAUGUUAAAAAAAAAAGAGAGAGACAUUCUUUGGAAAUGAUUUUUUUUUAAUUAGCCUCCCUGUUGACAGUGGCAGCAGCAGGGAUGUUAACACGAAAUAAAAUUACACCUAUAAUUUUAUGUGCACAGUAUGUAAUCUUUAAUUCCCUACCUCUGCUUGAAAGCUGAGCGGGGUGGAGGAUUCCUGACUUUGAAAUGAACGAGUUUUCCAUGUCUUUCUGCAGCAUAUGAUGAGACCAGGGAAGCAUUUAAGCGGCUUCACCAGUUUCCUUUAUUAAAUAUUUCUUUGGUGUGUCAGUUGACAUGCCUCCCCACCCCUUUUCUUCUCAGUCAAGAAAACAAACGAUACACCCCAAAUCAGAAUAAAUUCCCAAACAAAACAACAAUCCCACUUAAAGAAGAGCAGCAGACUUUAGAAUCUGUGCUAAUUAUUCACUCUGUUUCUGGGACUGGGAGAGAUCUCAGGGCCAUUUGCAUUGCUCAGCCUUGAGAGCUGAAGGAACAUCUUAGAGCCUGGAAUUUUAUAAGUAACGUAUUUGUUAAAAUGUGUCUUCCAUAGAAAGGGUAUUUAACUCUCUGUUAGUGUGGAGAGAUGGAAGGAGGGGGAGGGAGCAAUUAUUGUCUUUCUCUUCCGUUAUUGUUUUUCUUUUUAAAGUCCUGCAACGACUUACUGCCCUUUGAGGGCCUCAUGGUCAAGGACUUAUUCAUAGUGCUUUAGCCUGGAACGCUCAGAACCGAGUUCUUGAAGUUUAUGAUCUUAGAUGAGUUUUGCAAUGUGAAGUUCUGCAUAGAUGCCAGUCAACCAGAUGUAGGAAGCUGGCUCAAGUACAUCAGAUUCGCUGGCUGCUAUGAUCAGCACAACCUUGUUGCAUGCCAGAUAAAUGAUCAGAUAUUCUACCGAGUAGUCGCAGACAUUGCGCCUGGGGAAGAGCUCUUGCUGUUCAUGAAGAGUGAAGAGGACCCGCACGAACCCAUGGCGCCUGACAUCCACGAAGAACGGCAGCACCGCUGUGAGGACUGUGACCAGCUCUUUGAAUCCAAGGCAGAGCUAGCCGAUCACCAGAAGUUCCCAUGCAGCACACCUCACUCGGCCUUCUCCAUGGUGGAGGAGGACUUGCAACAAAACCUGGAGAGUGAGAGCGAUCUCCGAGAGAUCCAUGGCAACCAGGACUGUAAGGAAUGUGACCGAGUUUUCCCCGAUCUGCAAAGCUUGGAGAAGCACAUGCUGUCACAUACUGAGGAGAGGGAAUACAAGUGUGAUCAGUGUCCCAAGGCAUUUAACUGGAAGUCCAAUUUAAUUCGCCACCAGAUGUCACAUGACAGUGGAAAGCACUAUGAGUGUGAAAACUGUGCCAAGCAGGUUUUCACGGACCCUAGCAACCUUCAGCGACACAUUCGAUCUCAGCAUGUUGGUGCCCGGGCUCAUGCUUGCCCCGAGUGUGGUAAAACAUUUGCCACUUCGUCAGGCCUCAAACAGCACAAGCACAUCCACAGCAGUGUGAAGCCCUUUAUCUGUGAGGUCUGCCAUAAAUCCUAUACUCAGUUUUCAAACCUUUGUCGUCAUAAGCGCAUGCAUGCUGAUUGCAGAACCCAAAUCAAGUGCAAAGACUGUGGACAAAUGUUCAGCACUACGUCUUCCUUAAAUAAACACAGGAGGUUUUGUGAGGGCAAGAACCAUUUUGCGGCAGGUGGAUUUUUUGGCCAAGGCAUUUCACUUCCUGGAACCCCAGCUAUGGAUAAAACGUCCAUGGUUAAUAUGAGUCAUGCCAACCCGGGCCUGGCUGACUAUUUUGGCACCAAUAGGCAUCCUGCUGGUCUUACCUUUCCAACAGCUCCUGGAUUUUCCUUUAGCUUUCCUGGUCUGUUUCCUUCGGGCUUAUACCACAGGCCUCCUUUGAUACCCGCUAGUCCUCCUGUUAAAGGAUUAUCAAGUACCGAACAGUCAAACAAAUGUCAAAGUCCCCUCUUGACACAUCCUCAGAUACUGCCAGCUACACAGGAUAUUUUGAAGGCACUAUCUAAACACCCACCUGUAGGGGACAAUAAGCCAGUGGAACUGCUGCCCGAGAGGUCCUCUGAAGAGAGGCCCCUUGAGAAAAUCAGUGACCAGUCAGAGAGUAGUGACCUUGAUGAUGUCAGUACACCAAGUGGCAGUGACCUGGAAACAACCUCGGGCUCUGAUCUGGAAAGUGACCUUGAAAGUGAUAAAGAGAAAUGUAAAGAAAAUGGUAAAAUGUUCAAAGACAAAGUAAGCCCUCUGCAGAAUCUGGCUUCGAUAACUAAUAAGAAAGAACACAACAAUCAUUCCGUUUUCUCAGCAUCUGUAGAGGAGCAAAGUGCCGUGUCAGGAGCUGUGAAUGAUUCUAUAAAGGCUAUUGCGUCUAUUGCUGAAAAAUACUUUGGUUCUACAGGACUGGUGGGGCUGCAAGACAAAAAAGUUGGAGCGUUACCUUACCCUUCCAUGUUUCCCCUCCCGUUUUUUCCAGCAUUCUCUCAAUCAAUGUACCCAUUUCCUGAUAGAGACUUGAGGUCGUUACCUUUGAAAAUGGAGCCCCAAUCACCAAGUGAAGUUAAGAAACUGCAGAAGGGAAGCUCUGAGUCCCCUUUUGACCUCACCACUAAGAGAAAGGAUGAGAAGCCCUUGACUUCAGGCCCCUCGAAGCCUUCAGGAACACCAGCCACAAGCCAAGACCAGCCCCUGGAUCUAAGUAUGGGCAGUAGGGGUAGAGCCAGUGGGACAAAGUUGACUGAGCCUCGAAAAAACCAUGUGUUUGGGGAAAAGAAAGGAAGCAACAUGGAUACUAGGCCAUCUUCAGAUGGCUCCUUGCAGCAUGCCAGACCCACUCCCUUCUUCAUGGACCCCAUUUAUAGAGUAGAGAAAAGAAAGUUAACUGACCCGCUUGAAGCUUUGAAAGAAAAAUACUUGAGACCUUCUCCAGGAUUCUUGUUUCACCCGCAAUUCCCACUACCUGACCAGAGAACAUGGAUGUCAGCAAUUGAGAACAUGGCAGAAAAGCUGGAAAGCUUCAGCGCCCUCAAACCUGAGGCCAGCGAGCUCCUGCAGUCCGUGCCCUCCAUGUUCAGCUUCCGAGCUCCUCCCAACACCCUGCCAGAGAACCUGCUGCGGAAGGGGAAAGAGCGCUACACCUGCAGGUACUGUGGCAAGAUAUUUCCAAGGUCUGCGAACCUAACACGGCACUUGAGAACCCACACAGGAGAGCAACCUUACAGAUGCAAAUACUGUGAUAGAUCAUUCAGCAUUUCUUCCAACCUGCAGCGACAUGUGCGCAACAUCCACAACAAGGAGAAGCCAUUUAAGUGUCAUUUAUGUGACAGAUGUUUUGGUCAACAAACCAAUCUUGACAGACACCUGAAGAAACAUGAGAACGGCAACAUGUCUGGGACGGCAACGUCCUCGCCUCACUCAGAGCUAGAAAGCGCAGGCGCAAUCCUGGAUGACAAAGAAGAUGCGUACUUUACAGAGAUCCGCAAUUUCAUCGGGAACAGCAACCAUGGUAGCCAGUCUCCUCGGAACAUGGAAGAGAGGAUGAAUGGCAGUCACUUCAAGGAUAAAAAGGCUUUGGCAACCAGCCAAAAUUCAGAUUUAUUGGAUGAUGAAGAAGUAGAAGAUGAGGUGUUGUUGGAUGAGGAGGAUGAAGACAAUGAUAUUCCUGGAAAGCCCAGAAAGGAGCUAGGGGUGACUCGUUUAGACGAGGAGAUCCCGGAGGAUGACUACGAAGAAGCUGGUGCCCUGGAGAUGAGCUGUAAGGCGUCCCCGGUGAGGUAUAAAGAGGAAGACUAUAAAUCUGGCCUUUCUGCUCUAGAUCACAUAAGGCACUUCACAGAUAGCCUCAAAAUGAGGGAAAUGGAAGAGAAUCAAUACACUGACGCUGAGCUGUCCUCCAUUAGUUCUUCUCAUGUGCCAGAGGAGCUUAAACAGACGUUACACAGAAAGUCCAAAUCACAGGCAUAUGCUAUGAUGUUGUCACUGUCUGACAAGGAUUCCCUCCAUCCCACCUCCCACAGUUCCUCCAACGUGUGGCACAGCAUGGCAAGGGCUGCAGCAGAAUCCAGUGCCAUCCAGUCCAUAAGCCAUGUAUGACAUUGUCAAGGUUGACCAGAGUGGGACCAAGUCCAACGGUAGCAUGGCUCUUUCAUACAGAACAAUUUACAAGACUGCUGAGCAGGAUGCCUUAUAACCCUGAAGGGUCACGCAUUUAAAGUCUGGUGACCUUAAACUGAAUGAGUAAAGAAAGAGAGAGAAAAAGGAAGCUAUUUAUUCUCAAUAUUUUGUUUUGCACAGCCAAGGCAGCUGCUGACUUCUGGAGGAUCAAUUAAUCCAAAAUGAUUGGAGGGGAAAGGAAACCUCACCAGGGAAGGCAUCUUUCAUUCCCCCUGCCGCAGGGCAUGGGUGGCUGAGAGGAGCAGUUGAAAUGGCAGCAUUGAUAUAAAUGGACAUUUCAUAGAAAUCAAACUCUACUCUACAGGAUCACCUGAUCUGACUGGGAACAGUGGCUUCUAACUACCAGAUUUUUUUUUUCCUUUUUAAAGUUUUAUGUAAUUUAAUCUUUUGCAGAUGGAAGUAGUCAGAAGAAAUGCACAAUGAUUAUAGGAAGUGAUAGCAGGAUUUUUUGUCACCCCCCACACCCUCUUAACUUUGGCCUUCUUGAGUACAUUGUUUAAAACUAGGGGGAAAAAAGGGUAUGUGUAUAUUGUAAACUAUGGAUGCUCAUGCAGAGAGGUUAAGUCGGUGACAUAACUGUUUAUCACCACUGUACCACUAAUACAAUGUUUGCCAAAUCCUUGUAAUGACAUCUUAAUUUUAGACAAUCAUGUCACUGUUUUUAAUGUUUCAAUUUUUUUGUGUGUUGUGUGUAUCAUGUAUUUAUUUGUUGGCAAACUAUGGUUUGUUGAUCAAAAAGAGCACUGUUCCCGUCAGCCACUAUUUUAUGAUGUCUGAGGCACACCCCUUUCUGAAUUCCAAGGACCAAGGUGACAUGACCUGUGUAUGGGAGUGCCCAAUAGUGUUUGGCUUUUCUUAACAUUCCUUCCUUUUUGUUGUUGUUGUUUUGUUUUCCUUUUUAAUGAACUAAAUACCAAUAGAUGCAACUUAGUUUUUGUAAUACUGAAAUCGAUUCAAUUGUAUAAAUGAUUAUAAUUUCUUUCAUGGAAGCAUGAUCCUUCUGAUUAAGAACUGUACCCCAUAUUUUAUGCUGGUUGUCUGCAAGCUUGUGCGAUGAUGUUAUGUUCAUGUUAAUCCUAUUUGUAAAAUGAAGUGUUCCUGACCUUAUGUUAAAAAGAGAGAAGUAAAUAACAGACAUUAUUCAGUUAUUUUGUCCUUUAUCGAAAAACCAGAUUUCAUUUUUCCUUUUUGUUUGUGAUCUCAUUUGGAAAUAAUUGGCAAGUUGAGGUACUUUCUUCCCAUGCUUUGUACAAUAUAAACUGUUAUGCCUUUCAGUGCGUUACUGUGGGAGGAGCAACUAAAAAAAAAAAUAAAGACUUCCAAAAAUCAUGAAAAAUAA